AGGAGCUUCAACUUUCAACUAAAAGAAACCCACCAACACCAAGUCUUGUCCAGCAUUAAACGGUGGCCUAUUUCACGAUAAUACUUCAAACAUUAUACUCUUUUGAACCAUAAAAAGUAGAGAAGUUUAUCUGAAUAGCCAAAGCAAAUAUGUCGCUUAACGUGCCGAACGCGCCAAACGCUGGCCUGUUCAAGCAAGGCUACAACAACUAUGAUUCAGAAGAUGGAGCUGUGCUACGAAAUAUCGAUGCUUGUCGAGCGAUCUCUUCUACGGUCCAAACCUCCUUAGGACCCUAUGGCCGAAAUAAGAUCAUCAUCAACCAUCUCCAGAAGAUGAUUCUCACCUCCGACGCCGCCACUAUCCUUAAGGAACUCGAUGUCGUCCACCCCGCCGCGAAGCUCUUAGUUAUGGCCAGUCAACAACAAGAAGCCGAGAUGGGUGAUGCGACUAACCUCGUUAUUGUCCUCGCUGGAGAACUCCUCAAGAAGGCCGAAGACCUGCUACGAAUGGGUUUAAAAACAGCCGAUAUCGUUACAGGCUACGAGCGUGCUCAAACCUUCGCGCUAGAAGCCUUAGAGGCACUUGUCGUGGAUAAGGUAGAGAACAUUAGGGACCAAGAAGAGUUGAGCAAGGCGAUUCGAACGGUGGUAGCGAGCAAGCAAAACGGAACCGAAGACACCCUAGCCAACCUUGUCGCGGAAGCAGUCCUUGCCGUACUACCCAAGAACCCCGUCAACUUCAACGUUGAUAACAUCCGAGUAGUCAAGAUUAUGGGUGGAAGCUUAGAACAGAGCCGAGUAGUGAAGGGUAUGGUUUUCCCUAAGGAACCUAAUGGAUCGGUCAAGAAAGCGACCAAGGCCAAGGUCGGAGUUUUCUCUUGCCCCAUCGACACCAGCCAGACUGAAACUAAGGGUACUGUAUUGUUACACAAUGCCAAGGAGAUGAUGGACUUCACCAAGGGAGAGGAGGAGCAACUCGAGGCCGCUAUCAAGGAAUUACAUGAUGUCGGCUUAAGAGUCGUGGUGGCUGGUUCAACCGUAGGAGAACUCGCUAUGCACUACCUCAACCGAUACGGUAUCCUCGUCAUCAAGAUUCUAAGCAAGUUUGAAUUGCGAAGAGUAUGCCGAGUCGUUGGUGCCACUCCCCUUGCGAGAUUAGGCGCUCCUAUGCCUGACGAGAUGGGAUCUGUGGAUGUUGUUGAGACGCUCGAGAUCGGUGGAGACCGUGUGACAGUUUUCAGACAAGAAGAUGAAGUCACGAGAACGGCAACUCUCGUCCUCAGAGGUGCUACGCAAAACUAUCUUGACGAUGUCGAGCGAGCAGUCGACGAUGGUGUCAACGUUGUAAAGGCAAUUACUCGUGACGCACGUCUAGUCCCUGGUGCUGGUGCGACAGAGAUACAGCUUGUAGGAAGGAUACAGAACUUUGGUGACAAGACUUCAGGCCUACCACAAUAUUCUAUCCGAAAAUACGGUGAAGCCUUCGAAGUUGUAGCAAGGACCAUAGCAGAGAGCGCUGGUCUGGAUGCCACAGAAGUCCUAAGCAGACUUUACACGGCACACAACAAGAAGGAUGGCUGGACUACGGGUAUUGAUAUCGAGAACAAUGACGGCACGGGCACCCUAGAUGCUAAAGAGGAGGGCAUUCUUGACCUCAUGGUUACGAAGGCUUGGGCUAUCAAGUUGGCCACAGAAGCGGCACGAACCGUAUUAUCAGUCGACCAAAUUAUUGUAGCAAGACAAGCUGGUGGACCUAAGCCACCGGGUCCCAACCCUAACUGGGAUGAGGAUUAAGGAGGUGAUUAAUGGUCACCAAAGUAAAAGUAGAUCGGGGUCGUACUAAGUAUAGUUGUCAAUUUUAUAGGCGCCAGAGAUGCCCAUAGCAUUUGUCGAUAAUUUGAUAGACGAAAACCUCGGUGUUCAGAUCAUUAUACGAUUUACAUGAUACGUGA